CUCGGUUCUGUCAACAGCUUUCAAUUCACUCGCGCACCCUGAGCCGAACUGAAUUCCUUGUGAUGACUGCACUCGCGAGUCGUCGUCACCGCCAUCGCCAUUCAUCCCAAUGCAUCAUCAUCAUCGCCAUGCGCUCAGAGCCUCCAAGAAGCCACCCUCUUCGCGGCCGCACCAGCUGGCCGACACCCUCCUCGUCGCCUCCAUCGCCAAGACCCUCUCGCAGUCCGGCACCCGCAACCUCGACCCGGACGCCGUCCCGGUCACCGGCUCGCUCCUCCGCCACAUCCUCUCCCACAGGUCCCUCCACCCGUCGAGAAAGCUCGAGUUCUUCACGUGGUCUCGCUCUCUCGCGCAUUUCGGCAAACACACGGCGAGCGUGUACUCCCACCUGUUCUGGGUCAUGUGCCGGGCCGGCCAGCUCGAGGAGGUCCGUCCCCUCCUCCGCCUGAUGAAGGAGGACGGCGUCGUCGCCGAUUCUUGGACCUUCAAGCUCCUCCUCGACGCGUUCAUCCGGUCGGGCAAGUUUGAUGCCGCUCUCGAGAUUCUUGAUCACAUGGAAGAGCUCGGCAUGAGGCUGAAUUCCCAUAUGUAUACUUCGGUGCUCGCCGCGCUCGUCAGGAAGGGCCAGGUAGGGCUGGCGCUGUCGAUUUUCUGUAAGCUCUUGGACGGUUCAGAUGGGGCGGUUUCGGUCCCGAGCACGGUCGCGUGCAAUGAGCUGCUUGCCGCGCUUAGGAAGGCGGAUAUGAGAGCGGAGUUCAGGGAGGUGUUUGACAAAUUGAGAGGGAAGGACGGGUUUGAGUUGGAUGCUUGGGGUUAUAACAUUUGUAUUCAUGCGUUCGGGUGUUGGGGCGAUUUGCCGACUUCUCUGCCUUUUGAGGAGAUGAAGGCGAGUAGUUCGGGUUUGGGAUCGUUUGGGCCCGAUUUGUGCACCUACAAUAGCUUGAUCCAGGCGCUCUGCUUGGCCGGCAAGGUCAGAGAUGCGCUGAUCGUGUGGGAGGAAAUGAAAGGGUCUGGCCAUGACCCCGAUGCCUUUACGUAUCGGAUUCUCAUUCAAGGCUGCUCAAAAUCGUACCUCAUUGAUGAUGCUGCCAGAAUUUUUGACGAAAUGCAGUACAAUGGAUUUCGACCAGAUGUGAUUGCUUACAAUUCUCUCCUAGAUGGACUUCUUAAGGCGAAGAGAGUGAAUGAGGCAUGCCAACUUUUUGAUAAGAUGGUUCAGGAUGGAAUAAGGGCAACAUGCUGGACAUACAACAUCCUCAUUGAUGGACUAUUCAAGAAUGGAAGGGCCCAGGGUGCAUACACAAUCUUCUGCGACUUGAAGAAAAAGGGUCAGUUUGUGGACAGCAUUACUUAUAGCAUUGUCGCGGUGCCUUGUAAGGAAGGUCUGCUCGAGGAAGCUCUUAAACUGGUGCAAGAAAUGGAAGUCAGAGGCUUCGUUGUGGACCUGGUCACAAUAACGUCCCUCUUGAUUGGAUUUCACAAGCAGGGUUGGUGGGACGGGACGGAGAUGCUCAUGAAGCAUGUUAGGGAUGGAAAUCUGGUCCCAAGUGUUCUCAAGUGGCAAGCCGAUAUGGAAGCCGCAAUGAAGCAUCAUAAGAGCAAAAGAAAGGAUUGCACACCGAUGUUCCCAUCUAGAGGUGGCUUCCUUGAAAUUUUGAGUUUGGUGGGUUCUCCUCCUGACUUGCAGACAUCGCCUAAGGAGGGUUCGGAAGAGACUGGAACGGGAGAUGAUAAGGCUUCAUCUGCAGAAUCUGAUGACUGGUCAUCGUCCCCAUACAUGGAUCAGUUGGCCAGUCAAGUGAAGUCCGGGGAUUAUUCUCCUCAGUUGUUUUCGCUUUUGAAAGGGCUGCGGGUUCAAGGCCAAGGGGCAGGCACAUUAGAUAUGGACAUGGUGAAUACUUUCUUAUCGAUCUUUCUAGCGAAAGGAGAGUUGAGCUUGGCCUGCAAGUUGUUUGAGAUGUUCAGUGACCUGGGCGUUGACCCGACAAGCUACACGUACAACUCCGUGAUGAGCUCCUUUGUCAAGAAAGGCUAUUUUGACGAGGCGAUGGGUGUUCUCAAUGAGAUGGGCGAGCGGGUCUGCCCCGCAGACAUUGUGACAUACAACGUGAUCAUUCAAGGGCUUGGUAAGAUGGGGAAAGCGGACCUAGCGAGUGUGGUCCUGGACAAGCUAAUGAAGCACGGGGGUUACCUAGAUGUAGUGAUGUACAACACGCUGAUUAACGCCUUGGGGAAAGCUGGUAGGAUUGACGAAGCGUGCAAGCUUUUCGAGCAGAUGAGGAUGAGUGGGAUUUGCCCUGACGUCGUGACAUUUAACACGCUCAUCGAAGUGCACAGCAAGGCGGGGCGUCUGAAGGAUGCAUAUAAGUUCUUGAAAAUGAUGCUCGAUGCCGGGGUCUCUCCUAACCAUGUGACCGACACGACUUUGGAUUUUCUCGGGAGGGAGAUCGAAAAACUAAGGUAUCAGAAGGCUUCAAUGGUGCGCAUGGAUAGGGAUGAUUCUGGUUAAUGUGGAAACUUUCUCGGGGUGUCUGGUUCGCAGGUGAUUGAACUAUCUUCCCGGUCUUUGCUCAUGAAAAUGGAGAGAUCACCUAAUGUUUCACGCAUCGUUUGAAUUUAGCGUUAGAUGUUGAAAGUAAUGCAGACAAGUUUGAGUUAGACUAUUUUAUAAGGUUCUAGUGGUAAACUGUACUUCUAGUGAGAUGGUUAUUAUUGUCCGGAGGAUCAUUCUUUGGUGUAUUCUCUUUCUUUUCCUGGAUCACAAUUGAUCUGGAUAGUCAUACAUUUGAAACUAUUAAAGUUGGUUUGCGUAUAA